CCACAAUCGGGAGCCGCUCCUCCUCGUCCCACUAUAGGGACAACAGCCUCAAUGGAAUGAGCGAGACUGAGUAUACCACCACAUCAAGCAGACGGACGCCGUCUACUUCGUCUAUGAACUCGUUCUACCAGGCUGCGGAUGGGCGGGCGAUGCCGCCGCUGCCUGGGCCGCCGUCUGAGAGGGUUAUGAUGGGAGAGGGUGGGCAGCUGAUGAGAGACGAGUUUCUCCGGCUUUUGGAGGGGAUGACAGGCCACCUCAAGUUCACAGGGGAAUACGUCCAGGAGCUACCUGUCAGGAGGUCAGGGAGGAGCUCCAUCAUCCAGGAGAUGCAGAACGGGCAGCGAGAGGCCUUUGGAUAAGGGAUACUUGGAUAUAGGCAUACAAUCCUUCGUUUUUUUGUUUUUUUGUCCUUGUCUUAUUUUGAAUAGAUAUUGGGCUUUGGGCGAAAGGGAAUAAAUGGGUGGGUAGGAAAUCUGUUUCGACGCGGCCACGGAAUGGUGCAACUGAGAGAUGGAUGAUGGGUUUGCAGAUAUCUGGUACAGUUUUUAUGGGAUGGAGGCUACGUCUGGAAAACUUCACCAAUCUAUUGUACAAUAUGAUAGCGCGAUGGAUGAGACGAGACGCCGGCGUUUAUGCUUUAGCAAAGGCCGAGAAGAGCGAAAGUUCAACAGGGCAACUUGGGAGUGCGCAUUUGGCAUAUUUGAUGAGAUAAUACAACCCUCAUAAUCAUUUGGGGUGAAGUCUACAGAACAGUUGUUGAAAUUGAGAAAUAAUUUAC